AAAAAUUAGUAAACUAGGUAAAAUGAUUAAUAUUUUAAAUAAUCGGGAAAUAAUUGGAAAAUUGGUUGGUAAUUAUAAUACAUGAAAGAGUAAAAGAGAAGAUUUUGGAUAGUUUAACGGGUUUAUGGUGUGAAUGAGUAGAUUUGGAAUCUGGCCUUCUGGCCUAAUUUCACGGCUGUUUACGCCUGAAAAUGCUGGGAUCUUAAAUUAAUCUAACAUGAAAAUGUGUACAUGAAUAGCUAAGGUACCCAGAGGGAGCCAAACUCCCAAAUCCCAAAAAAUUAAAUUAUCUCACAUAAUUAAUAUAAAUCAUCUCUACACAUGAUUACACGUAAAAAUUGUAUGGAAAUGUAAAAAAUUGUAUGAAAAAUUGUAUGGAGAUGUGUGAAAAAAAGUACUGAGAGGCGUACUGAGGGUGUCAUGAGUGGCUGUUAAAAUUGAGGUAAAAAAUAACAAAUUAAUAUUUUAAAAGAGCUGAAAAAAUUAAAUUUAAAUAAUAAAAUGAGUGAAAUAAAUAAAAGUUGGUACAAGAGGCUGAGAUUGGAGGUUGAGGACGUGAAAAAAUUCCGGGGCCCUUACGUAAAUCCUUACAUAAGAUUAGCCGCUUACAUUCUCAUAACCUUCCUAACAGGUUGUGUUUACUGGGGCUGGAAUGGGAUCCAGGAGCUGUUAUACAAGGCGGGGUCGUUUGCGGAUGUUUGUGCGGGUGAAUCUGACAUUUCAUACAUCGUUCUGGGGAAUGGCCAGUUCAUAGACUGUGGACUUCGGAAGAGUGAAAUAAACAACCUUUACACCGUUGCUUUCACGUCACAUUUCGUGUUUUCAGUGGUAGGAGGCGUUCUCCUGGAUAUCAUUGGCCCGAAAAUUGUGUUUCUGGGCUCACAAACUAUUAAUUUGGUUUCGUGGCUACUGAUUUUCACACUGCCCAAGAACAAAUUUGCACUAAUUGCAGGGUUCUUUCUCAUCGGAUUAACAGCAGAAUCAAGCUACGUACCACUCUUAACAGUGUCGAGAUACUUUCCGAGGAACAACAACUUUAUAAUGACUUUGCUGGGCUCGGUUAGGUCGUUAUCAUUUUUCGUGCCUAUGAUUUUGGCUGAGAUUUUUAAGACUGACUUCUUCAAACCUGAAUCCCUGUAUAAGAUAGGAUUAAUCUACGUAUUUUGUGGAAACGUAGUGGCCAUAAUGCUGGGCGGUUACCUCUUACAGUUCAAAUUUGAGCAUGAUUCGAUGACUCAAAAGUCUAUGGAGUUGGAGGUCCGCGAGGACUCUGAAGUCAUGAGUUACACGAGUCAAGACUUAAUAAACAUGCUCAACCCUGAGAAUAAUAAAAAGAUCUCCUGUUUCGGAAGACUAAGUGACUCUGUAAAGGCCGGAUUUAAGCAUCCGCAGUUACUGGAAUUUGUCCUCUUUUUAAUCAGUUCCACGCUUUUCCUAACUGCCUACGGAUUUAUUAACAAGGCCCAGCGUGAGAUUUUCGUUACCUCUGACGGGAAAAGCGCACUUGAAGUGUUUAAAUACUUUAACAUCCUGACAUUCAUCCCCGCACCCUUCAUGGGAAUGAUAAUCGAUAAAAUCGGACCAGCCUACGCCAUCUUCAUUCUACAAUUCUUCGGUUUUUUCUUUUAUGUUUUAAUUAAAAUUGACGCGUAUGUGACGAAGAUUUUGGCGUGUUUCUGUUACAUUAUCGCCGGUUCUAUUUCCAUAUCCUCAAUUUACUGUUACUUGAAUAAGCGAUUUUCCCCCAAGAAGUUCGGCACUCUGAUGGGAAUUGUGUUUGUCUUUAUCGGGGCGAUUUCACUCACAAACAUCCCCCUGUACGAUUUGGCCGUCAUUACACUGAAGGACAAGGCUCCGUUCAACUUUAAUCCCGUGGAAAUCGGACUCGCCACUUACAUGGCCGUUGCCGCCUCAAUCACAAGCUACCUCGCAGCCAACGCGAAACUCAAACAACCUCAACACACCAAAACUGAGUCCGACUCGUUCUCCGUAUAAUAUUUCAAUAUAAUAUACAAUCUAUAA